GCUAUUUCCUUUGCUCUCUUGUAUUCAGAACAAUCUCUCCCUCUGUUUUAUUAAUUAACUCUUAUUCUACAACCUCUACUUGUACAAGCUCUAUUUCUGCAAACAGGCUCUUCAUUUUGUAUUUAUUCAGAACUUGUAAUUAAAUCUUUUUAUACAAGAAGCAAAUAUGGCAGAUGGAGUCGAUCAAAGAUUGGAUGCGGCUAUCGAUGACGCUUUAGAAUCAUGUUUUGAAGAUACUUACAACAGCAUCGUCGAGAAUCAAACAAAUACACAAAGGAGACGUGCAUAUAUCGAACGAAACCGCGAAGCAGGCCACGACCGUCUAUGGAAUGACUACUUCAGUGAACAUCCAAUAUUUGAGUCUCAUUUAUUCAGACGCCGUUUCCGCAUGAACAAGCCACUAUUCUUAAGUAUUGUCGAUCGCCUCUCACAAAACAUUCCAUUCUUUCAACAAAGAAGAGAUGCAGUCGGAAGGUUAGGUCUAACUGCACUACAAAAGUGUACGGCAGCUAUUCGUAUGCUUGCUUAUGGCUGUGCGGCUGACGCCGUUGACGAAUAUCUCCGACUUGGUGAAAGCACAGCACUUUCGUGUUUAACCCAUUUCACAGCAGGCGUAAUACAAUUAUUUGGAGAUGAGUACCUACGAAGACCCACUCCUGACGAUCUUCAACGACUACUCGAUAUUGGAGAGAUACGCGGCUUUCCUGGAAUGAUAGGAAGCAUCGACUGUAUGCAUUGGGAGUGGAAGAAUUGCCCAAAAGGUUGGAAAGGAUUGUACACACGUGGAUCAGGAAAGCCGACUCUAGUCUUGGAGGCUGUAGCUUCACAAGAUCUUUGGAUAUGGCACGCUUUUUUCGGGCUUCCAGGUGUCUUAAACGAUAUUAACGUCCUCGAUCGGUCACCUGUUUUUGAUGACAUUUACUAUGGUCGAGCUCCAAGGGUAAAGUACGUGGUGAACGGACACCAGUAUGAUUUGGCGUACUACCUCACCGACAGUAUAUAUCCAAAAUGGUCAACAUUUAUCCAAUCUAUCUCACACCCUCAAGGUCCCAAAGCAGAGUUAUUUGCUGAAUAUCAAGAAUCAACCCGAAAAGAUGUGGAGCGUGCUUUUGGAGUAUUGCAAGCUCGAUUUGCGAUAGUCAAAAACCCGGCUCUUUUGUGGGACAAGGAACAAAUUGGGAUGGUUAUGCGAGCAUGUGUCAUACUGCACAAUAUGAUUGUCGAAGAUGAACGUAAAGAUCACACUCAGUUUGAUACAACAGAGUUUGACGAAGGAGAGUCAAGCAGAUGUUCACAAGUGGAUAUCUCUACCAACAUGCCUUCACAUUUUGGUAAUAUGCUUGGCAUACGGGAUCAAGUUAAGGAUAGACAUAUACACGACCAGUUGAAAAUUGAUUUAAUCGAAAAUAUUUGGAACAAGUUUAGUAAUUGAUUAUGCUGUAUAAUUAAUGUAUGUUUAAAUUUAAUCAUUCAAUAAAAAAAAAUUUCAAUUUCAA